AAACAAAGAAAAAAAGAAUCAAAAUGCGAAAUCCAACGGUCAGUUUAGAGGGGAAACGAUACAUCACGGAGCAGUAGAUCAUAUGGAGGAGUAAAUCCCAAGUUCACAACAACCGAAGUGUCUUUCAUAGUUCCCAUACUUACAUACAGUCGAAGCAAAAGCUUAAAAAGCUGAUAUACAGAAACCUCACUCCACUGCUCUCUCGCCAGGCAUACGCACCAUAUCUAGUACUCGAUCUAUGGAUUAUCGAAGAAAUCUAUAGAUCGAGAAAAAUGGCGAAUUAUCUAGCUCAGUUUCAAUCUAUCAAGAACUCUUGCGAUCACAUCGUAAUUGCAGUCGAAGAUGUGAGUGAUCUUUGGCCCAAUAUCAAAGAUAGAUUUGAGGAGAGACUGCCAUUUAAAAAAGCUUGUCUAAAUAACAAGACGAGGAACUCUGUGUUUGUGGAGAAUCUGCCUGCCGAAUUCAUAUUAACCACGGAUGCAAGACUUCGUAGUCGGUUUCCUCAGGAGCAAUCAUUGUUUUGGUUUCGAGAACCAUAUGCAACUGUGGUUCUUGUUACAUGUGAGGAUCUUGAUGAAUUCAAAACCAUCCUUAAACCACGCCUGAAAUUAAUUGUCCAAAAUGAUGAACGGGAAUGGUUUAUUGUAUAUGUGUCUAGAGCUCAUCCAAGUAACGAUAAUGCCACCAAAAUGGCAAAAAAAGUGUACGCCAAGAUUGAAGUUGAUUUUAGCACAAAGAAAAGGGAGAGGUGCUGUAAAUUUGAUCUUCAUGGACCUGAAGCAACUUUUUGGGAAGAUUUCGAGUCCAAAAUUAUGGAGUGCCUAAAGAAUACAUUGGAUAGGCGUGUACAAUUUUAUGAGGAUGAAAUCCGUAAGCUCAGUGAACAGCGCUUCAUGCCGAUUUGGAACUUCUGUAAUUUUUUUAUACUGAAGGAAAGCCUUGCUUUUAUGUUUGAGAUGACUCAUCUUCAUGAAGAUGCACUACGUGAAUAUGAUGAAUUAGAACUCUGCUAUCUGGAAACAGUUAAUAUGGCUGGGAAGCAAAGAGACUUUGGUGGAGUAGACCGUGGUGAUGAUCAGGCAGCUCUGCUCAACCCUGAAAAUAAACCAUUGACACAAAUUGUUCAAGAUGACUCCUUUAGAGAAUUUGAGUUUAGGCAGUAUCUCUUUGCCUGUCAAUCAAAGCUUUUGUUCAAGCUGAAUCGACCCUUUGAGGUUGCAUCAAGGGGUUAUCCAUUUGUAAUCAGCUUUUCUAAAGCCCUCACACUGCAUGAGAGUAUGCUGCCUUUUUGUCUGCGAGAAGUUUGGGUGAUAACUGCUUGCUUGGCUUUAAUCGAUGCAACUGCUUCUCAUUAUAAUAGUGGAGUUGUGGCUCCGGACAUUGAAAAGGAGUUCUACCGUCUUCAGGGUGAUCUUUAUUCACUAUGUCGAGUUAAGUUCAUGAGGCUCGCAUAUUUAAUUGGAUAUGGAACAGAUAUAGAAAGAAGUCCUGUCAACAGUGCUUCACUUAGCAUGCUACCUUGGCCCAAACCUGCAGUUUGGCCGUCAGUUCCACCUGAAGCUUCUCCUCAGGUGCUUGUGAAGGAAAAGGUGAUCCUUCAGGCGACUCCUAGAAUUAAACACUUUGGCAUUCAAAGAAAAUCAUUGCCUCUUGAACCUUCGGUACUUUUGCGUGAGGCAAAUCGGCGUAGGGCAUCCCUUUCUGCUGGGAACAUGUUUGAAAUAUUCGAUGGUCGGCCAAGCUUGAUUGAUGGAUCAGCUUCGGAUGCAUCACCAGGGACGUCCCCCUUAAAUAAAGCAAAUAUUUCUAUGUCACGAACUAACUCUUCUCCCGGAAACUUUGAUGGCUCAAUAGAUCGACCUAUGAGGCUUGCUGAGAUAUAUGUUGCUGCUGAGCAUGCUCUUGAGCGUACAAUUUCUGAUGCUGACUUAUGGAAAUCCUUGUCAUCUGUAGAAGAGUUUGAGCAAAAAUAUCUUGAGCUGACCAAAGGUGCUGCGGAUAAUUACCAUCGUUCCUGGUGGAAAAGACAUGGCGUGGUCCUGGAUGGUGAAAUAGCAGCUGUUUGCUUCAGGCAUGGAAACUUUGAUCUGGCUUCAAAGUCAUAUGAGAAAGUUUGUGCCCUGUAUGCUGGUGAAGGAUGGCAGGAGUUAUUGGCUGAUGUCCUUCCAAAUUUAACCGAGUGUCAGAAGAUGCUCAAUGAUCAAGCUGGCUACUUAUCAUCCUGUGUCAGACUGCUGUCUUUAGAUAAAGGUUUAUUCUCAAUCAAGGAGCGACAGGCUUUUCAGGCAGAGGUUGUUCGUCUUGCCCACAGUGAGAUGAAGGAUCCUGUGCCGUUAGAUGUCUCAUCAUUGAUUACAUUUUCUGGAAAUCCUGGACCUCCACUGGAGUUAUGUGAUGGGGAUCCUGGCACUCUCUCUGUAACUGUUUGGAGUGGUUUUCCUGAUGAUAUAACUCUUGAUUCACUUAGCCUCACCUUGAUGGCUACAUUUAAUGCUGAUGAAGGUGCUAAGGCACUAAGGAGCUCUGCUGCCACGGUGCUGAUGCCUGGUAGGAAUACAAUUACCCUCGCUUUACCACCCCAUAAACCAGGGUCCUAUAUCUUGGGGGUUCUUACUGGGCAGAUUGGUCAACUGAGGUUUAGAUCACAUAGUUUCUCCAAGGGUGGCCCUGCAGAUACUGAUGAUUUUAUGAGUUAUGAAAAACCAACUAGACCUAUCUUAAAGGUUUUCAAACCAAGACCUCUGGUUGAUCUCACUGCAGCUGUUUCAUCUGCUUUGCUAAUAAAUGAAACUCAGUGCGUUGGGAUUAUAGUGCAGCCCAUUGACUAUUCCCUCAGAGGUGCUGUUUUGCAAAUUGAUACUGGUCCAGGUCUGAGGAUUGAAGAGUCACAUUUUAUUGAGAUGGAGAGUUGUGCCAAUACAUCGCACAGUGCUCCGGACAUGGCAAACAUGAAUACAACUCAAAACAAUUAUUCUGUGGUUGCUAAUAAAGAAUGUGAGCGAUUAAGUCUUCAUAAUGGUAGGAUACAGUUUCCUGAUUGGGCAAGCGAUGUGGAUUCUGUUAUUUGGAUUCCUGUUUGUGCAAUCAGUGACACACUUCCAAAAGGAUCAACUUCAGCCACUCCUCAGAGACAGAGCAUUGUGGAUGGUAUGAGAACAAUAGCAUUGAAACUAGAAUUUGGAGUAUCACACAACCAGAUAUUUGAAAGGACUAUUGCUGUGCACUUCACUGACCCUUUCCAUGUGAGCACACGUGUUGCAGAUAAAUGCAAUGAUGGUACUCUGCUUCUGCAGGUGAUAUUACACUCUCAAGUGAAGGCCACAUUGACCGUCUAUGAUGCUUGGCUUGAACUCCAAGAUGGAUUUGUUCAUACUGGACAAGGUGAUGGAAGACCAACAUCAAGCUUCUUUCCACUCGUGAUUUCUCCAACAUCUAGAGCAGGAAUCUUGUUCAGUAUUUGCCUAGGGAAGAUGAGUGGUGAAGACUUUUCGUUUAUAGAUGUAGAGGCAAGGCAGCCAGAGAGCAUAUUGAAUAUCAGAUAUGGAAUUUCUGGUGAGAGAACAGUUGGAGCACAUCCUCCUGUGUCUGUGGAAUCAGUUGGACCUGAGGCUGCCAGGCAGGACUUGAUCUUCAAGAGUGCUCUUAUACUGCAAAGGCCUGUGCUUGAUCCAUGCCUAGCCGUUGGUUUUCUUCCUCUUCCUUCUGCUAGCCUGAGAGUUGGGCAACUUGUUACCAUGAAAUGGAGGAUUGAAAGGUUGAAGGGUUCUGGCGAUGAUCAAAUUUCUGAACACGACGGUGAGGUGUUAUAUGAAGUCAGUGCAAAUUCUGAAAAUUGGAUGAUUGCUGGGAGGAAGAGAGGGCAUGUUUCUCUCUCCACAGAGCAAGGUUCGAGGAUAGUUAUCUCAAUAUUAUGCGUGCCUCUGGUAGCUGGUUAUGUUCGUCCUCCUCGACUUGGACUGCCAAAUGUUGAUGAAUCAAAUAUUAGUAGCAAUCCUCCUGGCCCCCAUCUGGUUUGUGUCAUGCCUCCUACUCUGAGCUCUUCCUUUUGCAUCCCAGCGUGAUUUAUGUUAUCCUAGUUUUCCACUGAAAAUCGCUGGAUAGUUUCUUAAAUUCCAUUAAAUAUGAAUAUGGGGAAUCUGUUGAACUAUCCAGUUUUGUAUACCUUCAAAUCUGUAAAUUUGUAUGUCUACUAUUGUAGAGAAUCAAGAGAAGUUAGUUGAGUUUAUUGAUUUAGUUGCAGCUAGGUAGUUUUUUCGGUGCUAUGGGCCUGCUAUGCUUAGAAUUAGAAUUUGGAACUGUUUUUGGUGCUAUCCGCUGCUGCUGCGCUUACAACUUUUAGGUAGUCCUUGCUCUUUGUAUAGUGGAAACCUUGUAUUCUUCAUGUGCAACAUAAAGAAUUGGAAUUGGGAAGAAAAUUUUUCA